AUGCAAGAUGAGCCUACAGGAGUGCCAAUCAACCGAGCCACCAGGUUUGAGAAUAAGGUGGGAUCCCUGGAUCUAGUGGCCGGUGAAUCACUGAUCAAAAAGAAGAUUUUGGAGAGAUUCUUCAUCGAUCUAGUGGCCGGCGAAUCACUGAUCAAAGAGCGAGCAGCCGCCAGGUUUAAUGAUUUGGUGGGAUCCACAGAUGUAGUGGCUGGUGAACCGCUUCUUCUUCUUCCACGAAGAUUCAGACAAAACCUAGCUUGGAUGGAACUGAACAAGAUUUGGCGAACGAAUACAAAGGUAAAAGGCUUUAUUAUUGAUAAAGUAAAAAAAGGAGGUUAUUCAGUAGCCAUCGCGGGUUUCAUUACUUUUCUUCCAUUCCGUUCUCACAACAAAAGAAGAAGGAAAAAGAUAUCGAAUGAUCGAUUCACCAUUGAGAGCAUUAACCCCAAAAGGACGAAUAUUGUGGUGUUCUAA